UUGCUGAAUAAUACAAAGACCUGAGGUGAAAGUCCUGCUGGAGGAAUAUUUUAGUGAAAUUUCGUAUAAAAAAAGCAAAACUUUCUUUUUAAAGAAAUUGUUAUCUUAAAAUUUUAUGUUUUAGGGGAAAUUAAUAAUGAGGUUACUAAUUUUCGUAUUUGCAAUAGCUUGUGUUUCUGGCAGUGUUGGUCAGUUUACAAAAUGGUUGAGAAACACCGACUUAAACAACCCGUAUAACUGGGAUAGAGGUAACCUACCAUGUGGUAAUGACCGGAUGAUCCUGCCGGACGAUGGUCCAGUUGUCUUUAUGCAGCUUAACACUACAAUACAAGAACUGGUUCUACCAAGAGAUGGGGAGCUUGUGUUUGGUAGUUAUGCUACACUGGCCUUCACUAACAACCCAGAUCAUAGUGCUGCUUGCCUUGACUCUGGCACAGAUAUAACAUUCAAUGCAAGUCACCCAGCUAAUUGGUUGGACCCUGAUAACUGGUGCCCUACUGAUUCUGAACAAGGGUCAUGCCAGCCCAUGGCUCUGCUUGACAGUGAAAGAAUCCCCUGUCAGACUGACCAUGUUAUAUUUCCUACAGGAAGUUCCUACUAUGUGAACCUUGGUACCAAUCUUAACAUCAAAGUUAAUACUUUGAAAGUAUCAGGAAAAGCAUACAGCACAACAUCAUUCCGAGAUUUCCUGGCAACUGAGAAUGGCAGAAACAUUUUCCCCGCCCCUCAACCAGGGCCUAGAUCUACAGUCAACAUCAUGAGGCGGGCCUGUAAAGAUGAUACUGGGUGUGGUUGCGGAAACGAUCAGGGACAGAUUUUGUCACAAGUAUGUCAGAUACAGAGAUCCAGGUGUAGAAGAACUAGAUGUACUAGAACUAUAAAACCAGUCGGACAUUGUUGUGAUAUAUGUGGUGGGAUGUUGAACAUCAGUUAUGGAGUGGGGUUCAACUUAAAUACUUUGAAAAAUGGUAUACAAAGAAACUUCCUUGAUGGCAAGGAUGCUUAUAAGAAUGUGAAAUAUAUAGUCUCCAAAAGAACUGAUGGAAAAAUACAAAUGGUUCUCUUAGAUGAUGAUGGUGUGCAGAGCUCUAAAGUUACUGCUGAAAUCAUGGCUGACCUUAACUCUGAUAUAAACAGUGGAGGUUUAAGAUAUGGGGUCACACAGGUCAGUUUGGCGUCGUCUGCUACAGGAGGGCCUUCAACUGGUAGUGGUGGAGGUAGCGCUAGUGCACAUACAGGAACUGGAAGUAAGAAAGGGUCAAUGAGUAAAGGAUCUGUGGCAGGAAUCACUAUUGGUGUCAUCAUUGCUAUUAUAAUAGGUCUGGCUGUAGGUUACUUUGUGUAUCAAAAUAAAAACAGACAACCAGAUGAAUCUGCUGGUUUCAGUGUAAGCGUAUUCAGCAAAUUUAACCGGUUUAACGCCAGUCAGAAGCGCAAGCCUCAGGUGUCAGUACCACCUUCAGUAGGGUUCAGCUGGGGCUCUAGAGAUAGUGGGCUCAGCAGUAUAAGUGGGGCAACAUCACAAGGUUUUGAUAAUCCCAUAUAUGGAUCUGUCCCUAUGGAGAAUAUGAAGCAGAUGGAUUUAGAGAUGACACCAGGUGAUUUUAGUACUAUGUCAGAUACCCAGCCAGAUAAAGGUUUUGACAAUCCACUGUAUGACACAGUCCAUCAGGUAAAAAUACAAAUUAUGUUUUAUCAUAUAAAGUGA